AUGAUCCUCACCAUCACCGUCCACCGGACAGAUCUACACCAUCACCGUCCACCGGACAGAUCUAAACCAUCACCGUCCACCGGACAGAUCCUCACCAUCACCGUCCACCGGACAGAUCCUCACCAUCACCGUCCACUGGACAGAUCCUCACCAUCACCAUCCACCGGACAGAUCCGCUUCAUCACCAUCCACCGGACAGAUCCUCACCAUCACCGUCCACCGGACAGAUCCGCACCAUCACCGUCCACCGGACAGAUCCGCUCCAUCACCAUCCACCGGACAGAUCCUCACCAUCACCGUCCACCGGACAGAUCUGCACCAUCACCGUCCACCGGACAGAUCCGCACCAUCACCGUCCACCGGACAGAUCCGAUCCAUCACCGUCCACCGUACAGAUCCGAUCCAUCACCGUCCACCGGACAGAUCUACACCAUCACCGUCCACCGGACAGAUCUGCACCAUCACCGUCCACCGGACAGAUCCUCACCAUCACCGUCCACCGGACAGAUCUACACCAUCACCGUCCACCGGACAGAUCCUCACCAUCACCGUCCACCGGACAGAUCCGAUCCAUCACCGUCCACCGGACAGAUCCGCAUCAUCACCGUCCACCGGACAGAUCCGAUCCAUCACCGUCCACCGGACAGAUCCGCACCAUCACCGUCCACCGGACAGAUCCGAUCCAUCACCGUCCACCGGACAGAUCCUCACCAUCACCGUCCACCGGACAGAUCCGAUCCAUCACCGUCCACCGGACAGAUCUGCACCAUCACCGUCCACCGGACAGAUCCUCACCAUCACCGUCCACCGGACAGAUCCGAUCCAUCACCGUCCACCGGACAGAUCCUCACCAUCACCGUCCACCGGACAGAUCCGAUCCAUCACCGUCCACCGGACAGAUCCGCACCAUCACCGUCCACCGGACAGAUCCGAUCCAUCAGCGUCCACCGGACAGAUCUACACCAUCACCGUCCACCGGACAGAUCUGCACCAUCACCGUCCACCGGACAGAUCCGAUCCAUCACCGUCCACCGGACAGAUCUGCACCAUCACCGUCCACCGGACAGAUCCUCACCAUCACCGUCCACCGGACAGAUCUACACCAUCACCGUCCACCGGACAGAUCUACACCAUCACCGUCCACCGGACAGAUCUACACCAUCACCGUCCACCGGACAGAUCUACACCAUCACCGUCCCAUCCAGCGCAGACCGUCCUCAUCAACAUGCGCCAAAUGCGCAUUAA